UUGCAGCAAUGGAGAAGAGGCUGAAGAUUAGAAUAAAUAGGAGAGAGAUUGAUCUCUAAACCAGACCAAUGAAUAGGCUCAACGACUGAGCCAUGGCUGCUAACCUCGGCUGCGGCCCCGAGCGGGGAUGUGGGCUCAAUCUCAUGGCUGUGCUUCUCGGUUUGGUGAUGGGCUUCUCCGUUUCAUUCUACGUCUAUGUACUGCCACCGACCCUCGUUGGACACCGGAAUCAUGAUCUUACCCCUCAAAAAGCCAUAAUAGAGGAACGCAGUCAUGCUCAGCCUAUUGAGGUGCCUAAGGAUAAGCUGCUCGGCGACCUUCUCCCGACCGGAUUUGACGAAAGGUCUUGCCAGAGUCGGUAUCAGUCCCUCCUGUAUCGCCAGGGAGUACCUCAGAAAGCAUCCUCUUACCUCAUAUCCAAGCUACGAAGCUAUGAAGCCCGACACAGAAAAUGUGGACCAUACACGAGCGCAUACAACAAAACGGUCGAAGAUCUCAAAUCUGGCAGAUACUCUAGCACACCAGAGUGCAGCUACCUCAUAUGGAUAUCCUUCAGUGGUUUGGGGAACAAGAUCUUGACGAUCACCUCUGCUUUCCUGUAUGCUCUCCUGACCGAUAGAGUCCUCCUCGUUGACAGGGGAGUCGGUAUUGAUGAUCUUUUCUGUGAGCCAUUCCCCAAGGCCUCAUGGCUACUUCCGUUGGACUUUCCCCUGAUCAACGAGAUCAGUAGCUUCAAUCAGAGCUCGCACCAGAGCUACGGGAGCGUGGUGAAGAGCAACUCUACGGAUUUAGUGCAACGGCAGUAUAUGUAUCUCCAUCUGGCUUAUGACUAUGAUGACCAAGACAAGCUUUUUUUCUGCGAUAAAGAUCAAGCACGUCUGCCGAGUAUCCCGUGGUUGUUUAUGAAAUCGGAUACUUACUUCGUUCCAUACCUUUUCCUGAUGCCCUCGUUUCAGCAGGAGCUCCACAGCCUCUUCCCGGACAAGGAAACUGUGUUCCACUUCUUGGGGCGUUAUCUCUUCCACCCGACAAACGCAGUGUGGGGGCUUAUAAGCCGAUACCAUGAAGCUUAUCUGUCGAAGGCUGAUGUCACAGUAGGAAUUCAAGUAAGGGUAUUUAAUGUUUCACCUGGUCCAUACAAGCACAUAUUAGAUCAGAUUCUGUCUUGCACGACGAGGGAGAAUAUACUCCCGGAGAUCAGCCAGCAAGAAGGAGGCUUUGUCGGCUCAUCCACUAAGCAGAAGACUCGAGUAUCAGUGCUGAUCACCUCUCUGAGCUCUGGCUACUUUGAGCAAAUAAGAGACGUGUAUUGGGAGAAUCCAACCACGGCCGGGGAGGUGGUUGCAGUGUUCCAACCGAGUAAUGAAAUGCUUCAGCAGUCGGAGAAGCAGAACCACAACCGGAAGGCGUGGGCGGAGAUGUAUCUGCUGAGCCUAACGGACAAACUGGUGACGAGUUCUUGGUCGACGUUUGGCUAUGUGGCCCAGGGGCUUGGAGGGGUGAAGCCGUGGAUACUCUACAAGCCUGAGAACCAGACGGCACCAGAUCCACCGUGCAGACGAGCCAUGUCGAUGGAGCCGUGCUUCCAUGCUCCCCCGUUCUACGACUGCAAGACGAGGAGAGGGAUCGACCCAGGCACUGUGGUGCCUCAUGUUAGGCAUUGUGAGGAUAUGAGCUGGGGUUUAAAGCUAUUUCAAAAUCACAGUAAAUAAAAUUAUUUAUUUCAUUCUUGGA